CAACAGUGCGAUCCCAAAGCGACAGGUUUGAGGCUCCACCGUCUGCUGAAACCUUCAACUCACUUACCGGAUAUUUCUUCACCUGUAGGACGUUUAUUAACCGGCCACCGGACGCCGCGCCACAGUUUCUGAGGACUAAAGCUGUUUAUACGAUUUAAAGGGGAUUUGUUGACGCUAGAUUGUAAACCAAAUCAAGAGGAACGCGCUGAACACAGCGACGCACCUUUACAUCAAGUUUCUCUGCUCGACUACUGAAGGAAACUAGAGGAACUUCAUAACAGUGUCUCCAUCGGACUGUCUCGGUUGAUUUUAGUUUUGGCGAUUCUGUGGUGAUUGAGUUCAACAAGCGGACAACCGACAAGGUGGACUGUCCAGCCUUCCCUCCGAUGACCAUGUCAGGACUGUUAAGCGCUCUCUUUCUCCUUAUUGUUCAAGGAUCGUUGGCUCAGCACGUGAGGGUGGAGCCAGAGGUUGUGUCGUUUCCUGGUCAGACAGUAACACUGCGCUGCCAGUUUCCAAACCCAGGCGAUACCCAACUCACUCAGGUGUCAUGGAUCUUUGAACGGACUGACACAGAACGAACCAACAUUGCUGUUUUCCAUCCAAACUUUGGGGUGAAUUACCCAACCUCAUCUCCUGUAUCAGGGCGUGUCGCUUUUGUAUCGAACCCGCCCACUUUGGAUAACCCAUCCAUUCAGAUCAAAGAUGUGAAGAUGACAGACGAGGGCCGAUAUAUCUGUGAAUAUGCAACCUAUCCCUCGGGCAAUGAACAGGGAGUUUCAUCGCUAGUCAUGCUAGCUAAACCGAAGAACACGGCUACAACUGUCACAGUUUCCGCCGGCAAAACCCCGGUCAUCGUGGCGCGCUGUGAAUCAUCCAAUGGCCGUCCGGCAGCGACCAUUACUUGGUCCACGGCGCUAAAUGGCAACGUGACAACACCACUGAAGACGGACAAUCCGGAUAAUACGGUCAGCAUCCAGAGCGUCUACAUGCUGGCUCCGCAGCCUGAGGAUAAUGGCAAGGACAUCAGCUGCAUUGUAUCGCACCGUACCAUGGCCCAGCCUGAGACCUUCCCCAUGAAGCUUGAUGUUGAAUAUCCUCCAGUGGUGCAGAUUAAGGGUUACAAUAACAACUGGUACAAGGGUCAGACAAGUGCACAUUUGACCUGCCAUGCUGAUGGAAACCCAGUCCCCACCACUGUCACCUGGAAAACUUUGUCCGGGCAUAUGCCUGAAACAGUGCAGGUGCGGGAAAACCGGCUCGCCGUGCAGCAGGUGGAUGACACCAUCAACACCACCUUCAUCUGUGAGGUCAAGAACAGUUUGGGAUACGGCAGAGAUCAGGUCACCGUCGUUGUUCGGGAGCAAGCACCUCCCAACUCGAACGCAGGUGUGAUCGUAGGCGUGAUCUUCGCGUGUCUUCUGGCCAUCUUAUUAUUAGGUGGCCUCACCUACUGUCUGGUAUCCCAUAAUCGCCGCCAGCAGCACGGUUACCGUGGAACCGGCAAACCAUCCGGCACUCCCUACGAUUCCUUUACCCGGCUCUUCGGCUCUGCUAAGUCCAGCAAAAAUGGCACUGGAAACAACGGAAACAACAACACGCCCAUUUACAGAGGAGAGGUGGUGCUUAACGAGAAAACAGCCAAUCAGGGCAUGCAUCCAGGGGGCGUGGCUCUGCUGGAGACCACACACACCCACACAGCAGAGGACAUCCUGCUCAGCCGAGAGAUGGACGAGGUGGAAAGGAAGAAAUUCGAUGAACUCGAAGAAGAGGACGAGCGAUAUGACCAUUUCAGUGGGGGCGGACCUAUCCUUCAGCUCCGCCCACAUGACGAUGACAUAGACGAUGACAUGGAGUCACAGAGAGAUGGCUCCGUAAUCUCUCGGACUGCUGUCUACGUGUAAGAGGAAACCAGAAAGGGGUUUGAGGAGGGCGAACGUGGACCGCUUCCUGAAGGAUUACAUUUCUUCCUCUUCACGAAUAUUCAUUUUAUUGUAAAGAAAACAAAUUGCGGCCAUGAAGGAGGGAUUACUGAGUGGAUUGAGUUAAUGAGUGGUUGAAUUAGUUCGCUGGAUAUAGCACAGAUUAAAACAUUUGAAGGAUCAGGUGAAGUUAAUAGACACUAAGUACAAACCAUCAGGCUUCCAUUCCUAAUUAUUGCUCAUGGCGACACGAGUAAUAUGAAACUGCAUAUGUUGACACUGCGUGAUAUAUCUAUUAUAUUACACACACACACACACACACAAGUGAAGUAUGUACAUCCACUGUGCUGUAAAUGUUUUACCUUCUUUAUUACUUUCUGUCGAUCAUGGGUUCACACUUAAAUUGGUUUCAAACCUGAUUUGAAUUGAGUUGGAGCACAUUUCUCAGCCCUGCAUCUAAUGUUUUUGUAUUUGUAGAUAUUAAAAGAGCCAAAAGAUGCAAGCGAGUGCUUUGGAUCUGUUACAAACAUAGGCUAGAUCAAACAUAAUGUCUAAAUUUGCCAUUAGAUGGACUUCCUUUCUGUUCAUUCACUUUCACGCGCCCAUCUGUCUUGAGGUGACGUGUACAGAUCGCUCAUUAUACAGCACUCAAUUUCUCAAUCCUAUGACAUGACUCAACGGUGAAUCAUUUGGUUUCGGGCUAAUCAAAUCAAAUCAUACGUUAAUGAAUGAUGUGUUCGUUCUCAACCACAAUCCAUUAAUUCAGGAAAAAAAAGGGUUCAAGGCAGCGCCUACCCUUUUUUCCAGCACAGUUUCCUUUAUGCAUUCAGUUAUAGACCACUGUAGUGAUAAAAGAGCUGAGAGUCAGCGUCAUAUGCUUAUUUAACAUGAACUUUAAACCCUGGUGAAAAGAAAGCAUACGCUUAUGAUGUUAAAGUUCAGCUUACAAAGUGAUGGUGUGCCACUUGUAACACUUUACAUUUGGUUCAAUUUGAUCAUAUUCAUUUGAAUUAUCAUGAAUUACUUAAUAUAAAUCUAAUUUUAAGGUGAUUGCUGUCAAUUAAUCUUCACUUAUAAUACAUUCAACGAUGUUAAAGGGAUAGUUCACCAAAUAUUAUAAUUGUUAACUAUUAAUUCAUUCUCCCUCAUAUGGUUUUACACCUAUAAGAGUUUCUUCUUGAACAAAAAAGAAGAUAUUUACUAUGAAAGAAGAGAAAUUACUAUGGAAGUCAAUAUAUCUACAUUUAUCUAUCUACAUUUUUCAAAGUAUCUUCUUUUGUGUUCAAAAGUAGAAAGAAACAGGAAUAGGUUUUGAGUGAAUUGUGAGUUGCAGAAUAAAUUUUUUUGGUGAACUACUUCUUUAAAUUUAUACAUUUAAACUGUCAAACAGCUGUUAUUAUUUAUAUUUUUUAUUGUUGUUAUUAUUGCAGUCAGUUUAUGAUUCCUACAUCUUUAACUCUUAUGAAACUGUUGUAAAGUGUUACCAACAAAACUGUAUUUCUAACUUUACCCCACGUCCUGGGUUACCAUGGCCACACAGCUAAAUAUACCUCUCCUCCGACACCGCAGAUAUGCAUCGCAUACUGUUAUUUCCUUGUUUGUUUGCUUUAUCAUCCCUCUCACUCGCCGAAACACACACACACACACACACACUGCCUUGUUUUAGGGGAAAUAAAAUGAAGGAUCGCUUGAAUGGGUGAAAGGUUGUGCGUAUUUGUUUGAUGUGAGGUGAUUGUAAACUACUGUAUGUACACAUUUUAUUUUUCAUAAAAAUGGAGAGAAGAAAACGUCUAUACUUUUAAAUGUUGUAAAUACGGAGGUGAAUAUCAAGGUUGAAUGUUGCGCAUGUCAACCACGUUUCUGUGCAUUCGAGAGCACAUAUCGCAUAUUUAUAUCUGUAUUCCAGUAUCAACAGUACUAGAUCAAGAUUGAACACAUUCACAUUUUGAGAAGCUUUCUAUCGGGUGUAGUUUAAAAGAAGCAGUCCACUUCUUUUUGGAAAUGGGCUCAUUUUACAACUCUACUAGAGUCAAACAGAUGAGAUUUAACAUGUUUGAAUUCAUUCUGCUGAUCUCCGGGUUUGGCGGGAGCACUUUUAGCUUAGCUUAGCAUAAAUAAUUGAAUCGGAUUAGACCAUUAGCAUCUCGCUCAAAAACUCUGAUGGAAAAUGAAAAGUUGCUAUUUUCAAGGCCGAUACCUCUAGUAACUCCCUCUCAUUCUGGUGUAAUAGUCAAGAGAUUGUUUGUUGCCGCACCAUGGCCGGGUUAAAUUCUUGAUUAUUACGGCCAAAUGAGUUUUUAUUAUUUCAUCAGUCAUACACUCUCAGUAAUGAAGGUACAAAUCAGUCACUUGGGUGGUACCUUUUCAAAUGGUACAUUUCUUUUUUUCUUAACAGGCCCUUACAGGUACAUAUUCAUACCAAAAAAGUACAAAUGUGCUCCUCAUGGUACCAUGAAGGUACAAAAAUGUACCCUAAAGGUACUAAUGUCCACCUGUAUGGUACAAAAGUGUACCUUUUGAAAAGGUACCACCACAGUGAAAGAAUUUGCAGCAUUAUUUCUGAGUGUGUAGUACACUGUGUAAUUACAGAACAAAUAAUAUUAAUUAUUAUUUUUAAACAUGCUAAUGGUCUAAUCCAAUUCAAUGAUCUAUGCUAAGCUAAGCUAAAAAUGCUCCUGCCAGGUCCCAAAAUUAGCUGAAAGUAUUUAAAAAAUGCUAAAACUCAGCUAUUUAACUCCAGGAGACUCUUAAAAUGAGCCUAUUUCCAAAAUAAAGGUGGAGUGUUCCUUUAAGCUUGAGUGUGUGUAUGUUAGAAUGAGUCAGCGUGUUAAAUGGUGUCUGACUCGAGGGCAGUGAGUUAUUCCUCCGGUCUCUCAGGGUCUCAGAGUGUGAUUUAACCUGGACGUCACACACACGCACAUAUAUUUUCGUUCGUUCUCCCUCUAAAUCAUCUGUCAAGCCAACUGUCCUUGAGUCUCCAAGUGUCCCUCUCGGUUCCCCAGUAUCUGAGGGCAUAGUUGGGUACCUUACGUUUUGUUUCCCUCGGCUUCCGUCUUGAUUCACUGACCCUAUUAGUGCCACGUCUGGAUCAAUGGCGCUGAAAGAAGUUGUUCUCACCUCUGAAAGGGUGGUCAGUCUGUCAUGGGACGGUCUGAUGCAUCUGAUCCGUCUGGCACCGAAUAGGCCGAGGGCUUCGACGGAGUCCUAGUUUACAUCCUGAUUGAAAGGUCAGACCACAAUCAGGGAAUGUUGAGAGUAGAGGAAGCGAUUUUCGUCAACGCUUUUUAGCUCCUCAUUAGAGGGAAAACGCACUGACCUUCCAGCUUCACGUCUCCAGCAGGAAUCCCGUAAUGAAGGAACGAACGCCUUGAGAAUGUUAAGUUUCCUUCUGAGAUGAGUCGAUUUCCAGAAAGGUGUGGAUAUUCAUGGUAUCGAUGUAACAGUCCUGGUAAACACACAUAUACGCACACGUUUAAAAAGCCUUAAUGUCACUUGUCACAGACCCUUGCUUCGGUGUGUAUAUAGUAUAAAUACAUAAACGUGAUGAUAUACAUAAGGUGAUGUCACAUCCUUGUGUACUGUACUUCACUGCGGUGAGCAUGAAGGAUAUGUGCUUUUAAUUAAGUUGAGGAUACUUUAUAAUGAGGUUCAAUUCUUUUGCGUUUUCAAUGUAUUUAGUAUCACAAACUAUUCAUUAAGGAAUUGAUUAAUCUAGAUUACUAAUAAUACAAUAAUGUUAAUUUAUAAACUGAUAAUCGUGUUAAUAUGGAUUAAUCUAGAUUAAUAAUUCUCUUAAAACGCUUACUUGAUGCAUUAAGAUAUGCUGAACAAUUGAACCGUCUUAUAAAGUGUUCUAUACAGAUGUUUUUUUAUUUGAUAUGUUUUUUACUUCAAUGAUUUGUGCUUUUAUUGUUUUAUUCUGAGUGCUUCUUGAUGCCUGUAACGUGUUUGUGCUGUAAAUUGUUGAGCAGCGCUCUCGAACUCUCAUGGACACGGAGAACACAUCUACUAAAUGCUUUUCCGCCUUGCAUUGCUUUUAGGUUUCUUUUGGUUGUCUGAAUGUCUUUGUAUUGUUGUCUUUUUUUAUUUGGUUGCUUAUUAAAGUCUUACUGAUAUUUGGCAGUCA